GCAAGAGGGCGACCGGGGGAGGCUUUGGAAAACUGAUGGGUGGAUCCCGAGCCAACUUUCAAGCCCCGUGAUUUGCUAAUCGGGGUAUGUUUCCCUUGUCAUUUUGCUGUAAUCCAGGGUCUGGGUCCAGCCCUCUUGACUGAGGCGAUCCAGCGCUGCGCGUCUCAGUUUGAUUAAAGCCCGAAUCCCUUCAGUCUGAAGGCUGGGCACAAGCAAAGACGCAUCGACGGGGGCCUGGCGAGACAAAAUACCCCUCACCUAUGGCUGUUUAGAGCAGAUCGGGCACAUUUGGGAUUGUAGAAGGGACAACGUUUUCAAAUAAACAGAGGUCGCCCCGGCUUUGUGCACAGUUGUGGGCGCUCGACCAUGGAGAGGCCAAGGUGGUCCCCAAUGUGGAAAACGAAAAGGUGGCUUUUGGAUUCCACUAUUGCCAAAUGCAUCACUGUUUCAUCCCUCGUCCUGAUUCUGCAGGCUCCAAAUGUCAGAGCAGCAGAACCCGUGGAUGUCCUCAAAGUAUUAGAAUUUCACAAUGUCCCAGAAGGAGUACAGAAAACUUCAGGCUUUUGCACGAACCGAAGAUCAUCGCAGCCAGACGCAGCCUAUAAAGUAGGCAAGAACGCCCAGAUCAGCGCUCCAACCAAGCAGCUUUUCCCAGAUGGUGUGUUCCCUGAAGACUUUUCCAUCCUAACCACCAUCAGGCCCAAUGCUGGGAUCCAGUCCUUCCUUUUGUCCAUCUAUAAUGAGAAAGGCAUCCAGCAACUAGGUGUCGAAGUGGGCCGCUCUCCUGUCUUCCUGUACGAGGAUCAGAAGGGCAAGCCCGCCCCUGAGGAUUGCCCCCUGUUCCGCUCCCUCAACCUGGCCGACGGGAAGUGGCAUCGUGUAGGCAUCAGCGUUGAGAAGAAGACCGUGACUAUAAUUGUUGACUGUAAAAAGAAGUUAACCAAACCCUUGGGCAGGAGUGACCGUGCCGGUCUUGACACCAAUGGCAUAACCAUCUUUGGCACCAGGAUCCUGGAUGAAGAAGCUUUUGAGGGUGACAUUCAACAACUGCUGAUUGUGGCCGACCCCAAAGCAGCCUACGACUACUGUGAACACUACAUCCCAGACUGUGACGUACCUCACAAAGACACAAUACAAGCACAGGAACCAGAGGAGUACACAACUGCUGUUGAAUAUGGUGAUUUAUAUGAUUAUUAUGACGGAGCGACCCCCACAGCCACUGAUGAAUAUUCUGAGCCGCAGCCUAACAAUGUAGAUGGGGAGUUCUAUACAGACAGUGAAAUUGACUACGGAAUGGUAGAUGAUACCAAAACCCCUGUGGCAACUUCUGGACCUAGCCAGGCUGAGGAAGAGGAGGUUUUCAGUGACUUCGUCACUGAUGUGCCCGAGGCUGCUCUGGACCCGACCGCUGCUCCAGAGCCUGUGAUGCCCAGUGGCACCGCCGAUCCCGUUGGAGUGGAUGCCUACGACUUUAAGGAGUAUGAUCUUAAAGAAUAUGAUUUGACUGGGCUUAACAAAAAUCAGUAUGAGUACGGAGCAUACGAUGAGUUCGGCCAUGUCGCUCCAAACCCCACAGCCAACUAUGAGGACUUUUUCGGGCCGGGGGUGGCCGCGGAAACCGACAUAGACGAAACCGAAGUGAAGUCGGAAGUGGGAGGAGGUGCUGUUCUGGGACAGAAAGGAGAAAAGGGAGAGCCUGCCGUUAUUGAGCCGGGAAUGCUAAUUGAGGGGCCUUCCGGACCACCUGGCCCUUCCGGUCUACCAGGUCCUCCAGGUCUGCAAGGCCCCCCUGGUCCUGCUGGAGAUUCAGGUGACAGGGGUCCUAACGGCCGAGCCGGUCUUCCCGGAGCAGAUGGUGUGCCAGGCCCCCCUGGUACUAUGCUGAUGUUGCCAUUCCGUUUCGGCGGAGAUAGUGAAAAAGGUCCAGUUGUGUCCGCUCAAGAGGCCCAGGCUCAGGCCAUUCUCUCACAAGCCCGGCUCGCCAUGAGAGGUCCCUCAGGUCCAAUGGGUCUUACUGGAAGGUCAGGACCAGUGGGUCUUCCAGGUGCUUCUGGACUGAAGGGAGAGAGUGGAGACCCUGGUCAUCAGGGUCCAAGGGGUAUGCAGGGCCCAUCAGGGCCUAUUGGAAAAUCUGGCAAGAGGGGGCGUGCCGGAGCCGACGGGGCCCGUGGAAUGCCUGGAGAGUCAGGAUCCAAGGGUGACAGAGGUUUUGACGGGCUUCCUGGUCUGCCUGGUGAUAAGGGACAUCGGGGUGAGUUUGGUCCUGCUGGACCCCCAGGACCUACUGGAGAAGACGGGCCAAGGGGAGAAGAUGGAGAGAUCGGACCAAGAGGUCUGGCUGGUGAGAGUGGCCCCCGUGGUCUUCUUGGUCCUAGAGGUCCUCCUGGGCCACCCGGGCAGCCUGGAAUCGCUGGUGUUGAUGGCCCACAUGGCCCCAAAGGAAACAUGGGACCCCAGGGAGAACCUGGUCCCCCGGGACAACAGGGAAUCCCAGGAACACAAGGUCUUCCAGGUCCACAGGGUCCCAUCGGACCGCCCGGAGAGAAAGGUCCUCAUGGGAGAUCCGGUUUGCCUGGAUUGCCUGGCGCUGAUGGACCACCUGGACAUCCAGGAAAGGAGGGUCCACCUGGAGAGAAAGGAGCUUUGGGUCAACCUGGUCCCCAAGGGCCCAUCGGCUAUCCUGGCCCUCGCGGCGUGAAGGGUGCAGAUGGUGUACGCGGUCUAAAGGGAGGCAAAGGAGAGAAGGGUGAGGACGGUUUCCCAGGUUUCAAGGGAGACAUGGGUCUUAAAGGUGACAGGGGUGAGCUCGGAUUGGCCGGCUCCAGAGGUGAGGACGGACCGGAGGGCCCGAAAGGUCGCUCAGGCCCCAACGGUGAAUCUGGCCCCUUGGGCCCUGCUGGAGAAAAGGGCAAACUCGGCGUACCAGGAUUGCCUGGCUAUCCAGGACGUCAAGGGCCAAAGGGUUCGACCGGUUUCCCCGGAUUCCCAGGAGCCAACGGAGAGAAAGGAACCAGGGGUGUGGCAGGAAAAUCCGGUCCAAGAGGGCAAAGAGGUCCAACGGGUCCCCGAGGGGCACGUGGUGCCAGAGGUCCAACAGGAAAACUGGGCCCUAAGGGCACAGCAGGCAAUGAUGGUCCACCUGGUCCACCUGGUGAGAGAGGACCUCAAGGGCCCCAGGGCCCUGUUGGUUUCCCAGGGCCAAAAGGUCCCCCUGGACCACCUGGAAAGGACGGGCUGCCCGGUCACCCUGGCCAGCGCGGUGAGACGGGAUUCCAAGGCAAAACUGGCCCACCUGGACCUGGAGGUGUUGUCGGGCCUCAGGGUCCAACAGGAGAGACUGGUCCCAUUGGUGAGAGAGGACAUCCUGGACCCCCUGGUCCUCCUGGAGAGCAAGGUCUUCCAGGCGCUGGUGGAAAAGAAGGUGCAAAGGGAGAUCCAGGUCCUCAGGGCAGUCCUGGAAAAGACGGCCCUCCGGGUCUGAGAGGAUUCCCGGGAGAGCGAGGUCUUCCUGGAGCGACGGGUCCAUCUGGUUUGAAAGGAGCAGAGGGCCCUCAGGGUCCACCCGGCCCCGUUGGUUCUCCCGGUGAGAGAGGAGCGGCAGGACCUGCUGGCCCCAUCGGUUUGUCUGGACGUAGUGGACCUCAAGGACCCCCAGGACCUGCUGGAGAGAAGGGUGCCCCGGGAGAGAGAGGCCCUCUCGGUCCAGCCGGUCGUGAUGGAGUCCAAGGUCCGGUUGGUCUGCCUGGUCCAGCAGGACCUCAGGGUCCACCUGGAGAAGAUGGUGACAAGGGAGAGGUUGGCGAACCGGGCCAGAAGGGAAGUAAAGCUGACAAAGGUGAACAGGGUCCGCCAGGUCCGUCUGGUCUUCAGGGUCCUCUCGGAGCUCCUGGACCUGCUGGAGCUGAUGGAGAACCAGGUCCCCGUGGACAGCAGGGUAUGUUUGGACAGAAGGGAGAUGAAGGAGCCAGGGGCUUCCCAGGACCUCCUGGUCCCAUUGGUCUGCAGGGUCUUCCUGGACCGUCAGGUGAGAAAGGAGAAAAUGGAGAUGUUGGUGCUAUGGGACCCCCCGGCCCACCUGGUCCCAGAGGUCCUCAGGGUCCUGCUGGUGCUGAUGGCGCACAGGGUCCUCCAGGUGGAAUAGGAGCUAUGGGAUCUGUCGGCGAGAAGGGUGAGCAAGGAGAAGCUGGCAACCCUGGACCUUCUGGAGAGCCUGGACCCGGGGGCCCGAAAGGUGAGAGAGGAGAAAAGGGCGAAGCUGGUCCCUCUGGUGCCGCCGGACCCUCUGGUCCCAAAGGACCCCCUGGAGAUGAUGGCCCCAAGGGUAACUCUGGCCCUGUUGGUUUUCCUGGAGACCCCGGUCCACCUGGUGAGCCAGGUGUUGCUGGAAUAGAUGGAGGACCUGGAGAAAAAGGAGAAGAUGGAGAGAAUGGUCAACUUGGACCCCCUGGUCCAUCUGGAGAAGCUGGUCCACCAGGACCUCCAGGCAAGCGAGGACCCCCGGGGGCUGCCGGAGCCGAAGGCAGGCAAGGAGAGAAGGGCGCCAAGGGAGAGGCAGGAUCUGAGGGUCCGCCAGGCAAAACGGGUCCAGUUGGCCCUCAGGGUCCCGCCGGAAAGCCUGGUCCUGAAGGUCUCAGAGGAAUCCCUGGCCCUGUGGGUGAACAAGGACUUCCUGGUGCUCCCGGACAAGAUGGCCCGCCUGGACCGAUGGGACCUCCUGGUCUCCCUGGCCUGAAAGGAGACCCUGGCACUAAGGGUGAAAAGGGUCACCCCGGUCUAAUUGGUCUCAUCGGACCCACUGGUGAGCAGGGAGAGAAGGGAGAUCGAGGUUUGCCCGGUCCUCAGGGCCAGGGUGGCAGCAAGGGUGAUUCUGGUAUUGGUGGAGCUUCUGGUCCCCUUGGUCCACCUGGUCCUCCUGGAUUGCCUGGUCCACAAGGGCCAAAGGGAUCCAAGGGUUCAACUGGUACCUCUGGUCAGAAGGGAGAUACCGGCACUAUUGGACCUCCUGGUCCUCCUGGUCCACCCGGUGAGAUCAUCCAGCCUCUGCCCUUCCAUAUGCCCAAGAAGUCCCGUCGUUCCGUCGACAUGCAGGCCGAUGAGGCGGGCACCAUCCUGGACUACGGAGAGGGCAUGGAGGACAUCUUCAGCUCCUUGAAUAACCUCAAACAGGACAUCGAACGCAUGAAGUACCCCAUGGGCACGCAGGGCAACCCCGCGAGAAGCUGCAAAGACCUCCAGCUCGCUCAUCCGGAGUUCCCAGAUGGUGAAUACUACAUUGAUCCCAACCAGGGAUGCUCAGGGGACUCCUUCAAAGUGUACUGCAACUUCACAGCGGGAGGCGAAACCUGCAUCUUCCCCGAUAAAAAGUCAAACGGAGUGAGGAUAUCUUCAUGGCCCAAAGAGGUUCCUGGCUCUUGGUUCAGUGAAUUUAAGCGCGGCAAAAUACUUUCGUACGUGGACGCAGAUGGCAACUCAAUAGACAUGGUCCAAAUGACGUUUCUCAAACUACUGACCGCCUCUGCCAGGCAAAACCUGACCUACAGCUGCCAUCAGUCCGUAGCCUGGUACGACGACACCACGGACAGCUACGACAAGGCGCUCCGCUUCCUCGGUUCCAAUGAUGAGGAGAUGUCUUACGACAACAAUCCCUUCAUCAAGGCCGUGUCGGACAGCUGUUCGAUGAGGAAAGGCUACGGAAAGACUGUUCUGGAGAUUAACACUCCCAAAAUCGAUCAGGUUCCGAUUGUCGACAUGAUGUUCACUGACUUUGGUGAUCCCAACCAGAAGUUUGGAUUUGAAGUCGGUCCGGUGUGCUUCCUUGGCUAAAAAAAACAGACAAAGACAAUAAAUACAGAUAACUUGACAGGGUAGGACGGGUUAGCAGGCGAGUUGAGACUUUUCGUCUCGACAUCGGCAAACCAUCGAGACCCGUUCCUGCCACAUGCAAGUUUUGAAAAAACGGGGUAGCGAACACGUCUUGCCAUGUAUGUAUGUACUGUAUUACCCAGGAAAAUACUUGUUGCCCUUGUAGGGCAAGGAUCACAUGACAUGAAACCUGUUAUGGAACGUAAGGUGAAGGACAACGUCGGGCCAAGGCAAACCGUGAACCUGAGGGGUCCACAAGCGCGAGAAAGGAAGGACCUCUUUUUUCGGUGCAGUGCAAAUAUAUGAAAACAAAACAAAAAAACACAACAAUGGUGCUCGUUCAAAAUACAAAAAGAGGUGCUAUAAGAAAGAGGAUGUAUUUUAAUAAAACUGUAAUUAUUAUUUUGUACAUUAUUGUUAUUUCUGAAUCCGCUUUCAAAACUUGCAUGUGUAUCACAAUGGCUCUCAAAUUCAAAAUUCCCCACGAACGUUUUAUAAGUUAUAGAACUGAAUAAAUAAAGAAUUGAAUGAUAUUUUGUGGAAGAAUACUGUGUACUUAUUAUGAAACAAAUAAAACACAGCCGUCAAACAGUUCCCUAUUAUUAAAUGUAAUGCAAGUCCUUUGUACUGUAUAUACUGACCAUCCGGAAGUUAAACACGCGAUUCGGCCCACUGGACUCCACUUAACCACAAGAAGAAGAUGCGUUGGCACAACGUUUCACAAGCAACGUUUCACUAAUGUUGCCCCCUGUGCUUGACUGGAGUAAUCAUGCCAUUCAUUCAUUCACUUUAAUUUAAUGUUUUUCUUUCUCUUUUGUUUGUUGUUUGUUUUAGGUUUUUAUUUUUCAGUUGUAGUUCAGUCGUAUACCUCAGUCUAUCGUGAAAACCAUACCGAUGCAAGGAUGGUGUGCCCUGUGUAUACCUUGGUUAUACAGUUAAGUUUAUAUAUUUCGGGUGGGGAUUUUUCUUAAUGGGAGAAAUACAUAUCUGUUAGGCCUCUUGUUCAAAACGUCUGUGAAUGCAAUGAUAAGGCCUUUUCGGCGGACCCAUUUUUGUAACUAAGAAGAGAAAUUGUUUUGAUGUGCUUUUUAUGGCUCAUUUCAUUAUUAAAAACUGGAUUCCAACCA